UUAUCUUAUUAUAAUAUUUUCUGUGGCGAUUUCGCUUGCAGUUCGGUUGCAAUUGCUUAAUAUAAAAUAAUAAUAAAUUGUUAUUUUAGGUGCUAACUGCAAUAUUUGUUUUUAAGGAUGGCGGCUAAAGUGACCACUGGUUUAACUGGCUUGGUAGUUGCAAGCAAUCCUCAUCAUACCUUGGGAGCUCUUUACGGUAAAAUCUUACGAGCUAUUACUAAAAUGCCGCAAGAUGCUUCUUAUAGAAAGUACACUGAGAAAGUUGUUCAAAGUAGAUUGAAAGCAGUUGAAGCGAACAAGGAUAUUGCUGCCCUAGAAAAGGAAAUCGCAUGUGGUCAAGUAGAAGAACUGAUAGUACAAGCAGAGAACGAACUCAUUUUAGCUCGAAAAAUGUUGGGCUGGAAGCCUUGGGAAUCUUUGGUUAAACCAGCACCACCAAAACAAUGGAAUUGGCCACCCGCAAAAAUUGUUGAACCUAGGAUUUAAUCCAAAUGCUUUACUAUUAAAUAAUAAAGCAUUUAAUGCUAAAAAAUUUGAAUUUACAUCA